CUUUAAUAAAACGUUGUGUUUGUAACAGUGACGAUAUACAGUGAUCAGGUGAUCAGGGGGACGAUGUUGGUGUUACUGCUGCUGUCAGUUCUUGGUUCCACCCACACUGCGGUAGCUCUCUCGUCGAACCACUCGCUGCCUCCUGGAGUGACACUUUCAGGUAAUAUACGAGAACUAGAUGGCGAGGAGUUCGAGUACAUAGUGGUGGGCGCGGGCGCGGCGGGCGCGCCGGUCGCCGCCCGGCUCGCGCUCGCCGGCGCCAGCGUGCUGCUCGUGGAGGCGGGCGGAGACCCGGACCCCACAUCCUGGGUACCAGCUGCAUUUUUGUCGCUAUAUGGAUCAGACAUGGACUAUCAGUACGAAACAAUUUCUAACAACGUGUCGUGUUUGUCAUUACUGAAUAGAGCUUGCCAGGCCAGCCGCGGAAAAUGUCUCGGGGGCUCCACCACCACGAAUUACAUGAUGUACGUCCGUGGCAACCGGCACGACUACGACGCUAUGAAUAUCACGGGCUGGUCAUGGAAACACAUGGAACCUUACUUUUUGCGUUACGAAGGCUUGCAAGAUUUAAAUCUUCUUCCCCCAUCUUCCAUACCAUAUCAUAAUACAACGGGUACUAUGAAAAUAGAAUUCUUCAAACAGUCUAACGAUCCAUGGCAUUCGAAACUCAUUAAUGGGUAUGAAGCGCUUAAUUUCCCUCGUAAUCCUGAUGUCAACGGGGUAUCUCAAAUUGGAGUCUCUCGAAUCAUUGGAUACACAUACAAUAAUGAGCGCAUGAGUACUGCACGAGGAUAUCUCGGAAGAGAUGAUGUGAAGAGGAAACUGAAAGUGGCCAAGUACACCAGGUGCACAGGAGUUAUCAUAGACGAUGACAAUGUAACUCGUGGCAUUACGGUCGUUCAUGGACCUUCUAAUGCUACAUUACGACUCUAUGCGUCGCGGGAGGUUAUAUUGAGCGCGGGGGCUCUCGUCACUCCACAGCUGCUAAUGUUGUCGGGCAUCGGUCCUGCUGAUCAUUUAAAUGAAAUGGGUAUACCAGUUCGCGUAGAUCUGCCAGUAGGCAAUAAUAUGAAAGAUCACGCGUUGGUGUCAGUUUUUAUUAAAGUGGAGGACAAGUUAAAUUUAUUGAAAGGAAUUUUAAAUACUGCUGAAAAAAAUAGUUCGUUAGCGAGUAUAUUAUUAACUCGAGGUGGAUCUAUCGGCGUUACUGAUGUGGUUAGUUUCGUGAACACUUUGUGCUAUGAUUUUGAUAAACGACAGCUCACCGGAAACAGUUCCGCGUGUGAGUUGCCGACGACACAAUACUUUCAUCUGUAUGCAGAUAAAGGUAUGAUUGCAAUCAGGGGGCCCGAAAUCAAAAUUCGCAUGGGAUUAGAUGAUUCUGUCAUUAAUCAAUUAAGUGAAAUUAAUAAAAAAUAUGCUGUUAUAACGGUAUCGACAAUAGUUUUGCAACCAAAGUCUAGCGGUACGGUGCGGUUGGCAAGCGUGGACCCGUUUCAACCGCCUGCCAUUUUCCCUAAUUAUUUGUCUGAUGACCGCGAUGUGGAGGAGAUAGUGCGCGGCAUUCGGAUUACUGAGCAAUUGACGCAGACGCCGACCUUCAAGGCAGCGGGCGCGUCACUGAUGCGGCUGGAGCUAAAGGGCUGCCCCUCCAGCUCGCAAGACUCGGCCGCGUACUGGCGCUGCUACGCGCGCCACCUGACGUACUCCACGUUUCAUUCGGUGGGCACGAGCGCGCUGGGCCGCGUGCUGGACGCGCGGCUGCGCGUGCUCGGGGUGGCGCGACUGCGCGUGGCCGACGCGGGCGCGCUGCCGCGGCUACCGCGUGGCAACACCGCCGCCGCCGUCAUCGCGCUCGGAGAGAGGCUCGCGGACUUCCUUCUAGACGAUAAUAUUAACUAAUACCGGUCACAUGACUUGUUGAAAUAAAAGA